GAGUGCUGCGGUAAGUUAUUCGGCAAAAGGCUUUGCGCAGGGUUUGGGUUUGGUUUUGCGAAGCUAACUGCACCUGAUCGCCCCGCCCAGGACUGGUAUUGAGAUUGCAGCACAGACGGCUGUCUGAUCAUCGCAGCAGGAAGUAGAACACAGGGUGACUUUGCGGGGAUAGUAGCGAUGGGCAAGAAGAAGAAGAAAACGUUCAAGGUGUGGUGUUUUUACUGCGAGCGCGAGUUCGAGGACGAGAAGAUAUUGAUACAGCAUCAGAAAGCUAAGCAUUUCAAGUGUCAUGUGUGUCAUAAGAAGCUCUCGUCCGCCAGCGGUAUGGUCAUUCAUGUUCUGCAAGUGCACAAGGAGUCUGUGUCGAAAGUACCUAAUGCCAAGUCGGAAAGGGAGUCCUUGAUCGACCUCGAAAUAUAUGGUAUGGAGGGUAUACCAGCUGACAUUUUGGCCGCCCACGAUGGGGAUUACGAUGAGGAUGAGAACCCAUCAAAGGUUGCAAGAGUGGAAGUCCCUCCGUCAUUACCCUUUGUUGGAGGGGGUAUGAUGGGAUCUAACGCAAUCGGUAUGGCCCCACAACCAAUGUAUACUGCAACGCAGCCUAUGUACCGGCCACCACCGGGAUCAGGUCCACGGCCACCUUCGAAUUGGCAGCCACAACCUCCACCGCCGCAAGGAUGGGGCGGUCCUCUACACGGCCAACCAGGCCCACCUCGCAUGCCUCAACCUCCUCAGCCUCUUUUUCCUAUUCAAGGACAACGACCUUCCCCUCCUUCUCAACCUCCACCGCAACCUCUUUUUCCUAUUCGUCCUCCUCUCCCUCCAGGUUCUGCUCCCCCUCCUCCUCGACCAUUGUUCCCUGUAGCUCAAACUCCAAAUGGACCACCACCUCCUCUACCACCUCCAGCUCCACCACUCAGUUCUGCUGGCUCGGUUGUGAAGCCACCUCCGCCUAGUCCAGGCAGCAAUCAAUCAAGUAUCAACGGAAGUCCUGCUAUGGCACCUUCAUUGCCACCAUCAGGAGCAUCUCCUGGAGUAAAUAUGGGUGCGGGGGUUAAUGCACGACUGCCCCCUUCACCUUAUGGAGCUAUGAGUGGUCCGCCUCCCCCGCCACCUAGUAGUCAUAUGUACUCAUCUGGGCCUAACACUGGCGGACCAUCGAUAGGACCCCCUCCUGUUAUUUCGAACAAGCCUCCUGGGCCCGCAGGCGGUACAAACGAAGUUUAUCUAGUGUGGGACGACGAAUUUUUCUCCAUGGAGGAACGGAGGGCAGCUUUGCGGAAAUAUCAAGUUCACGAUGAAACAAUGCAGAUGAGUUCUGUUGAUGCUGCAAUUGAUAGGAGAAUACUAGAAGGCAGGUUGGCUGGCCGCAUGAGUUUUCAUGUGUAAGAUCUUUACCUGCUAGCGUUCAUUCCAUCAUUCGGAGGCUCAGGAAUAUUUUCUUGGUGGUAACAGAUAGCAAAGUAGUGUUCUUCAUCUGAUGUGGCCAGCAAUUUUUCAUGGCUCCAAGCAAUGACAUUUGUAUGCCACUGGAGUGUGAUCAGCUCAUGUCAGCUGCUACUGAUUUCUGCACCCCUGUGUUUAAUUCAAGGUGUAUUUUAUCGUCGAGACUAGAACUUUUA